AUGAGAUUCGCUCAAGCUCUCAUACUUGCCGCUGCUGCCUUUAUUAGCGUUAACGCGGUUAACACUAAACUUGCUGCAGGUUGCUCUAUCAACGACGAGGAUUGCACAUCAUAUUCGAUUAUUCAUGAGCUAGCAAUCUUUCUGUACUCCUAUAAAUGCGAGGACAAGCAUAAUUAUCCCUCAGUGGGGGCAGUCAACUGUGCUACACGACCGGCGAGUGGGAAAUUCCAAACAAAAAUGCCAAAGGGAGUACUAAGUGCUGCCAAAACCUAUGUAAGUUAUAGCUUGCAAAUAUAGUUUGGUAAGUUGAUGAACAAGUAUCCGCAGGCCCGUAAGCCCUGA